AAGAGAAGCAGAAAAGUAAUCAGUAGUAGUCGAGAAGCGUUUCAGUUCCCUCCGCUUCUUCCCACCACGAGUCAACUCAUCUUCUCUUCUUCAGUUCAUCAUCCGCUCGUGGUCCUCCAUCGAGUAGUCAGUCAGGGAAAGUGUCAAAGUUUCCUUGUUGGUGGUAACUUAUCGUCGACUGGGGUCGGGUGGGGGAGGAGUAGUCGUCGCCGUCGUCAUCGUCGUCAUCUGUCCUCGUUUCGAGAAGAAGACCGGGUAGGAUUCGUUUUGGGGUCAUUCCGAACUAGCAACCUGGUCGCUAAAGUACAAUGAACUUGAAGUAGCAAGCAGCAGGCAGAGAGCAAGGGUAGGCAAUAGGCUAGGAAAAGUAUUGUCUGGGCGGAGGUGGAUGAGGAGGUCAGAGGCGCUCAAUUCCUGAUAUAAACAAGACUGAAACGGAGAAAGAAGGAGGUCAUCAUGGUGAAGAAAAAGCCUACAGCCACAGCCUUGAAAUUAAACGGCACGACAAGUGUCAUGAAGAAGGACCUGAUAAAGUUUCUAAAAAGUCAUCCUAAACUGGCUAAUUGUAAAUUAGAAGAUCUAGGAAACAGCAAUGGGAUUGGAAGACUGAUUUGGGCUCGGAAUCCGGGGUCAGUUUAUUGGCCGGCUCUUAUCGCCAGUUUUGAGGAUAAACCAGGUGACGUACCAGCAGGAACGAUAUCAGGUUCAAUGAUGCCGGAUGAUUAUAGAUCCGUCGUGUUUCUUGAGACGGCCUUUAGAAUUGCAGUCCUCCAAUGGAAAGACAUUAUCCUGGUGGAUGAAAAUAAUUUUGAUGAACAAGUGGAGCUUAUUUACCAGCUAAAUAUCAAUAUAAUCAAAAGGACUUGGCGAAGGGAGAAGCCUUACAAAGAUGCUGUACAAUUAUUGAAGGAAUUUAUAUCGCUGGAUAUAACCCUCAGACAGGCGCACGCUUUUCAAUUAAGUUUGGAACAUAAACAUAGAAUAGCACUCUUGAAGCCGCGGAAAUCUGAAUCUAAGGUCAAAGUUGAAGAUGUCGAAACUGAAAACAAUCUUCAAAAGGUCAAGAAAAGACACUCGGAUGCGUAUGGCUUAAGACCUUCCAUUCCACCUACUGUUAUUACCCUAGAUGACACUGAUUCAGUUAUAAAUGGGUCCAGCAGUCAUACAGACAAUAGAGGUGCUAGGAAUAUUGACACACCAUCUCCUUCUGUAUCCUCCGUUUCUGAAACUUUAUCGGACGUUAGUCGCAAACACAAACAGCGACCGAAAGUGGGAGGUUUCCCCAUGAAAGAGUAUGUAGAAAAGCGAUUUAUGAGUAUGGAUAAAAGUUUAAAGUUUGUAAAUAACGUUGGAUGGAAAUGUGCCGAGUGCCUUGAUUCGAUCAUCCCUGGUGAACAGGUGUAUUGUCAUGACUUGCCUCAUCAUUCAGAGUGCCUUAUCUCUGUGUUUAAGAAUUCAAAAGAUGGAUCCACUAUGGAACAACUCAAGUGCAAGUGCUGUGCAGAACAGGCUUGCUAUAUAUGUAAGAUGACUUCUAUCGAAGAUGAGAAAUCCGCGAGCAAGUGUUCUAAAUGUGAAUUGAGGUAUCAUCGGCGAUGUUUGUUGGGCUGGCCUCAAUCCAUUGUUCAAGGAUCUUAUGGUCCAAUCACAUGCCCCAUCCAUUUUUGCCACACUUGCGUCGGUGAACAUUACGUUCUUCGGAAGGUUCGAAAUAUCAAAGCUUUCUCCAAGGACAGCCGAUUUCGAUGCCUUCAGUGUCCUACAACAUAUCACAAACCACAUUGCCUUCCUGCUGGGUGUGGAGAAGAGUUGUCUGGGAGGGACUUUGUAAUAUGCCCUAAACAUGUUCUACCAACUCUGAAAAUACUUCAACGACGUUUUGGGUGUCUAACUUGUGGUAAAAACUUGAAGGCAACUGAUGAAAAUCGAGUUGAUUGUCACCUCUGUCUUCAAGUAUUUCAUCCAGAAUGUGUUGGAUAUAGCGAGGAACACAUUAAAAAUGGGAUAUCGCUCAAGACGUUUGGACGAGAUUACAAAUGUAGCUCUUGUUUUUGGGGACUUUUCCCACUAUACGGCCAACCGGUGUGGUUUCAGCAACCUGGGAACAAAUUUUGGCCUGCUCGAACUUUAUUUCCUCGGGAAUCGUCCGGUCGCUAUGAUUUUUGCAAAGGUCGAGAGUUAGGACUUCACUCUAUAAAAUAUUUUGGCUCAGACCAGUCUUAUUACGACAAAGCAAGUCGAACGUCCCCGUUAUCACUCGCCACUGUCAAGCUGUUCACAACGGUUAAAGUAUAUGAAGAACAAAAUCUAAAGGUGAAAUCAGCGUUUGAUGAAGCCGGAUUUUAUGCAACUCUACUGGACGAAAUGAGGGAUAAAUUGUUACCUGAGCCCGAGCCUAUCUACAAGCGGAUAGAUCGAAAUAUCUAUCGCAAUUCUGUAAACACAACAAAGAAGAAUCACGAUAACAUGUCUUGCUACUGUGGAGACGCUAAGAAUGAAAGUCCAGUAUGUACUCCCAAUUCUGGCUGUCAUAAUAGAGACACAGCAAUUGAAUGCAAUGACGACAACUGCUCCGGGGGAGACCGGUGUGAAAACAGAAUGUUUACUCAAAACAAAAAAGACUACUCGGAAAACACACAACAGUUUUUGACUCCUGGGAAAGGAUGGGCUGUGAAGGCUUUGAAGGACUUUAAAGAAGGGGACUUUGUCAUUGAAUACUGCGGAGAAAUUAUUAACAAUGCGGAAAUGCAGUAUCGAGCAAAUCGAAAGACAGAAGAAGACCCUCUCUAUAUUCUUGAAAUUGAUAAGCAUACCUUCAUCGACGCAGAAUUCUGUGGCAAUAUAUCUCGUUUGAUUAAUCACUCUUGUGAGCCGAACUGUCAAAUUGAAAAGUACACAUCUGAAGGGAAACCAGUCGUGGGGGUGUUUGCUCGCACUAGUAUAGCCAAAUAUGAAGAACUAACCUUUGAUUAUGCAUAUGGAAACAACAGCUCUGCUCCAUUUCGUUGUCAUUGUGGAACAUUGAGUUGUCGAGGAUAUAUUGGAAAACAAGUAGCUCUUUCAGAAUUAGAAGUUGUGGACAUUAUCAACCCAGAACUAGAACGAUAUGAUAAAGAGUGCGCUAAAUGCUUCUUUGGUGGUCAUGUUCUAUGCUGCGAUUACGAAGACUGCUACAAAGUUUACCACAAGUCGUGUGCCGGGCUAAACAAAGAGCCUAACGAUGAGUGGUUUUGCCCUGAUCACGAUGUCCGUCCGGCUAAAGCAAAAAAUAAGAAACGCAAGGCGACAAGUAGAAUCGCCGGUGGUCCUCCCACCAAAAAAAUUCUUUUACACACGUCUUCCGAUGUAAAUCAAAAUGGAAGAGUACAGAGUAAAGUUGUCCCCAUUUUCCAAAAACAACGAACAACACCAACAACGCGGAAGUGAAGUGACUGCUCUAAUCGCGUCCCCUUCAUAUACAUACUCUACACAUCACGUCCCAUCCAAUCGAAUAAAUUAUUGGUGAUAGCUUUUUCGUCUUACUAUUUAUAUUAAAAAUAGAUGUACUGCCAACUAAUUAUCUUUAGUCUACUAAUGAUCUGGUAACUUUAUAGAAUUACAAUUCUUACCAUGUAUAUAAUUAUACUAUAUAAUUAUAAUAUCCAUUGUGUUGGUGUAUCUGUCGUGAGUCUCACUCACACCUUGUUUAAUUACCUCAUUAAUGUUGGUUAUUUUUAGUAUUUAUUUAUUGUAUUUUAUACAUGUAGACAAGGUUAGAAUAUCGGUGAUGGGUGUUUCGUAUAUUAUUUCGUAUGUGUGUUGUUUUAAUCGCUAUUUUUAUAUUUAAAUGUUGCCAACGAUUACCUACAUAUGUAUAUGUAUUCGUUGUGUGUAUUAUCCUUUGCAGACAUACUACAAAAAUCCCGAAGUUUUACCGUGUCAAUUAAAUCUGCUCUGAUUAUUGCUGUUCUAUUCACUUAAGCGUAUCAGAAAUAAAAUUCCAAGUUUUAUAAGUCA